GUUCCAAAAGCAAAGCAGCUUCCCAAGAAGAUCAAAUCCGAAAAUGUGCGAUCGAUCUUAAUCCUUUUGUUUUAUUAUUAUUACAUCACUUCCUAAAUUUCCGUUUGUAGAAGUAUGGAGAGGUAUGAGAUAGUGAAGGAUAUUGGGUCUGGUAACUUUGGAGUAGCAAAACUUGUUCGUGACAAAUUUUCCAAAGAGCUUUUCGCUGUUAAGUUCAUCGAGAGAGGCCAAAAGAUUGAUGAACAUGUACAAAGAGAAAUCAUGAAUCACAGGUCACUCAUCCAUCCCAAUAUAAUAAGAUUCAAGGAGGUUUUGUUGACGGCAACACAUUUGGCUUUAGUAAUGGAAUACGCCGCCGGAGGAGAACUGUUCGGAAGAAUCUGCAGCGCCGGAAGAUUCAGUGAAGACGAGGCAAGGUUUUUCUUUCAGCAGCUUAUAUCAGGAGUUAAUUACUGUCACAGUCUUCAAAUAUGCCAUAGAGAUCUAAAGCUAGAGAACACUUUAUUGGAUGGAAGUGCAGCGCCGCGCGUAAAGAUAUGCGACUUCGGAUAUUCAAAAUCAGGAGUUCUUCAUUCACAACCAAAGACAACAGUAGGAACACCUGCUUACAUUGCGCCUGAAGUGCUCUCCAAGAAAGAGUAUGACGGCAAAAUCGCUGAUGUUUGGUCUUGUGGAGUCACUUUGUAUGUUAUGCUUGUUGGUGCUUAUCCCUUUGAAGAUCCUUCUGAUCCUAAAGAUUUUCGAAAAACGAUUGGUCGGAUUCUCAAAGCUCAGUAUUCUAUUCCUGAUUAUGUCCGAGUUUCGGAUGAAUGCAGACAUCUUCUCUCUCGGAUAUUCAGUGCCAACCCUGAAAAGAGAAUAACAAUAGAGGAGAUAAAGAAUCAUUCUUGGUUUCUCAAGAAUUUGCCAGUAGAGAUGUCUGAAGGAUCAUUGAUGAUGAAUGGUCCAUCUACUCAGACAGUGGAAGAGAUAGUGUGGAUCAUUGAGGAAGCUCGGAAACCGAUCACCAUAGCUACUGGACUCUCCGGUGCUGGUGGCUCGGGCGGAAGCAGUAAUGGUGCCAUUGGAAGUAGCAGUAUGGAUCUCGAUGACUUGGACACCGAUUUCGACGACAUCGAUACAGCUGAUCUCCUUUCCCCUUUGUGAACAAAUUUUAUGACAUAAACAAAAACCAAAGAAUUCAUGUUUCUGAAGCUGAUACACAGAGGUGAAUAUAAUUGUCAUCUUAAG